GCUUUUCGCUUUUCGGCCGAAUGAUGGAUGAAAUGAUUCCCACCAUCCUGGCAGACCUGAGAGCGAAGCUUCACCAGCGCGUGGAGUUCGAAGUGAAGGAUGUGGAAAAUCGAAUCUGUCAGGAGCUGAAGCAGCUGAACACCGAGGCCAUCGCCGGCUGCAACGCCGACGCCGUGGUCGAGGUGGAGGCUUGCCACGAGGCGAAGCAAGGGGAGACCAUGGAGGCCGAGGCCAUGGAGGCCAUGGAGGCUCCGGAGGUGUCAGUGAUGCUGUCGAUGUCGCGGGAGUCGCGGGAACCUUCCAAAGAUGAAUUCAAAGCCAUGGUGCAGAGACAAAGCAGCUACGCUUAUGCAUGGGCGCACGGAUCUCGAGUCCAAUACAACCGCAAUAGUCAGUCACUUGGUACGUUGAUGCAGUCAGGCUCGGAAUCGUGCAUCAAUAGAAUUUCCGGACUUGCCAACUCGCCAUACUUCGACCUGUUUUGGGCUUUGCUCAUUUUCUCCAAUGCCGCCUUUCUUGGAAUUCAACUCACCGUUGCAAGAGAGGUGAAUCUGGUGGUAAUCCAUUUGGCCUACGCCGUUCUCUUCGCCGUUGAGCUUUUUUUGCGUCUCUUGGCCCUAGGGCCUCGGGCAUAUUUCUUUGCGCCUGGCUGGUCUUGGAAUGUGUUGGACGUGGUGGUUGUGAGCUUCUCAUGGGUCAACAUCAUUUUGGAGGCCCUGGGUUCCAGCAGUGACACCGGGGUCAGCUCCAGCAUCCGCGUCUUGCGACUGCUGCGGGUGUCCCGACUGCUUCGCAUCGUGAAGACUUUGUGGAUCGUGCGCUUCGUGGGGGCCCUGCGCACCUUGGUGAGCUCGCUGCUGGAUACUUUGAAACCGCUCUUCUGGGCCAUGUUGCUGCUACUCCUGAUCAUGUACAUUGCAGGAGUCUUGUUCACCGACGUGGUUCUGGAACACACCAAGCAAAACCCUGAUCGGAACAUGGAGAAGUUCUUCGGACAUCUGGGCUCAUCAGUACAGACGUUGUUCAGAUCCAUCUCUGGAGGAUUCGAUUGGGGCGAUGCCGCAGAUGCGCUUCGUCCACUGGGAGAGUUUUGGGUGCUGCUCUUCGAGCUCUUCGUCGGCUUUUGCACCUUCGCUGUACUGAACGUAAUGACGGGAUUUUUCUGUGAAAGUGCCAUCAAAUCAGCGCAAAAAGACCAUGAAAACACAAUGGACAGCCGGCAAGAGUUUCGAACUCUUCUGACGGAUAUUUUCAAUCGUUUGGAUGAUGGAGAUGGGCAAUUGACUUUAGCCGAAUUUGAAAAGAUGUUCGAAAACGAACAGAUGCAAGCAUUUCUGGAGACCGCCGAAAUCACUGCCGCUGAUGCUUGGACAUUAUUUGCAAGUUUGGAUGUAGAUGGAGAUCACGUUAUCGACGUGGAUGAGUUUACAAAGCGGUGUUUGACAUUGCGUGGUGGUGCACGUUCUAUGGAUGUUUUUGCAUUGACUCGCCAAAAUUUGAAAAUCCGGGAACAGUUGAACCUGGUCCAACAGCAACUUGCUGACCUGAUUGUCUCAGUCACGCUAGCGGACCAACGUGAUAUCGUGAACAGCUUAAAUUUGCCCAGCAGGAAACUGAAAGACUGGCAGCAGAAAACAAGUAUUGGGAAGCAGAAUGUAAAAGAUUGCAGGAAGACCUUCGAUACUACAAGGAUUGGUGGUACGGUAAGGUGGUAUGCCAGUUCAUGCCCUUGUUGCAGACGUCCUCUAGACAUCACCGUGCGCAGCCGGCCCAACGAAAGCGAGCUGGACGAAAGUCAGUGGAGAGGCUCGGCUUCGACUUCCCAUCCUCGCUACGCUCGCUACGCCUACACCUGUGUGAUGUGGGGCACUAAUCCGGGCUAUGCUCUGGGGGCAGCUGUCCUGGGAGCCCGGUUGAAGGAGCUCCAGAGGGAAUCAGGUGAAGAAGCAGAUCUGGUGCUGAUGCACACUGACGAUGUCCCGGAGAACUAUCUUCGGGAGUUGGGUCAGAUUUGGACGCUGCAGCAGACCGAGUACAUCGAUGGGGUGGCAGCGCUGUACACCACCAAAGGCACUCGCUUCGAUGGGGUCUUCACCAAACUCAGUGCAUGGAACUUGGUCCAGUACGAGAAGGUUCUGCUGCUGGACAUCGAUACCUUUCCUUUGAAGUCACUGCAUGAACUCUUCAAUUUGGAAGCUCCAGCAGCUUUCAUUCGUGGCAAUGGCAGCACUGAGCAUGGGGAGGUGAUCGAUGGACGGUCAUUCUUCUUGGAUGGGAGCUGGGCAGAACGAGCUUGGCAACAGGCUGGAGGCAUCAAUGCCGGUGUCAUUCUGCUGCGGCCGUCGGAAAUUGUCUUCCAACAGAUGCUUAAGGAGGUCACCAGCGAAAACCAUCCAGCGCACAUUGCUGGCAAUGGCCCUGAGCAGGACUACCUCACACGAUUCUUUGCAGCAGAUCUGAAGAAUCCUUGGCGCCACAUCGACGUCUCGUACAAUUUUCAGUUGCACCAUGUUCCCUUCGCAUUGGAAAAGGUCAUUGAGCACACUUCGCGUGAUCCAGAGUACCAGGAAGAGUGGAAACCACGGCGGCUGAACAUUGACCCAGAGGAGAUCAAACUGAUCCAUUUCAGUGGAGAGUUGAAGUAUUGGCACAUGCUGCUGAGCAGACCUGGCGAAGAGACAUCUGAGAUGGACAACGAGAGGUUUGCGGAAAUGAUGAUCUCCCAAUUUGCCUCUUACAACAUGUGGGUCACCGGUGAGGAUGACUGUUGUCAAUUCCAUUGUCACCGGGACGAAUCGGGACGGAUCUUUUUGAACUGCGAGAAUGGCACCACAAAGGAUGUCAGUGAUUUCGUGGAGAGAUCCUUCCAACAUGUUCGUGGCAUUGCAAUCACUUCCAUUUCAGCAUGGCGCUCCUGCGCAGAAAGCUUGAUGAAACAACAGCCAGGUCUGUUGGAUACAGUGAAAAAUCCUCAAGUUGCUGUGAGCUGCUGGGCCAUCGACACCGCUGUGGAAGUGCAAUGGCCCAAGGAAGGUGAUGCUUGGCACGUGGGCCGUGUGGUUGGCGUCCACGAGGAUGGAAGCUAUACGGUGCACUACCACAACUACGAUCGCUCCUCUUGGAUGACUCACAUGGAGCGGCGAGUCGACAAACAGCGCAUGCGUUUGCUCGAGGAGGUGCGGGGCCCUGCGAUCCCCUUCGAGGAACUCGAAGUGGGAAAGAAGUAUCAGGGCCUGGUUCGCUUCGUGGUCAGCUAUGGAGCCUUUGUGGAUGUCGGGACCCACUUGGGUUUGCUGCACCAAACUCGCAUCUCUCUGGAAGCCAUUGACUGCGUCAAUGAUGUGCUGUAUGAAGGGCAGCAGGUGGACGUGUGGGUUACAGAAAUCAAAGAAGAGGAGCACAAAUUCAGCUUGACCAUGGUGGAAGGCUUGACAGGCGUUGCCAAAGACUUGAGACCCUUCGCAGAUCUCGAAGGCGAGUGUCGCGCCGGAGUGGUGUCGCGCAUCGUGCCCUUUGGGGUUUUUGUGACGGUCACUUUGGACAGCGGCGCGUUCGCAGAUGGUUUGGUUCACAAAUCCAAGAUCAAGGAUGGCCUCAUUGAAAACCUUGAGGAUGUGGUAUCCCUUGGUCAAGAAGUGAAGGUCAAGAUCGAAAAAGUUGAUCUGUGGGCAGACCGAAUGGAUCUUGUGCCGGACGGCGACGAAGGCCAUGGCGAUGGCUUCGGCGAUGGCUUCGGCGAUGGCUUCGGAGCAGAUCUGAAUGUGGCACCCGAAGCGUGGCUGUCCAAAUCUGGGGAAGCCUUCGAUGCCAUCGCGGCACCCUACAUUGACAUCCUGUGA